AUGGGUCUCCAAUGCUGGAAACUACCUAGAACGAAAGGAUGUCAUCUACCACCAUUCAGCCACUUCUGCCAGUUUAUAAGAAAACAAGCUAAAGUUAGAAACAACCCAGCCCUGACCGGACAGACGCAUCAAGUCAGAGAGCAUAGGGUCUCUACUAGGAAAACCAUCACUCAACCCGAGCACAAAGCCAAGUGCCCUAUACACAACUCAAACUCGCACACAUUAAAGGAGUGUAAGAAAUUUAAGACAGGAUCUGCUCAAGAGAAAUAUCAGCAGUUAAAAGAGUUUAACCUAUGCUUCAGGUGCCUAGAUCCAUCGCAUCGCAGAAGAGCUUGCAAGGUGCUAAUAAAAUGCGAGGAAUGCAGCAGUACAGACCAUGUGAACUCAAUGCACUCACACCAAGGCGGGGAGCAGGCAGCUGAGGAAUAUACCAAUCGCCAGCAUAACAUUACCACUGCCUGCGCACAAGUAUGUGGAGACGAUACAGCAAUGGCGGGCAAAUCAUGCGCAAAGAUUGUUCCUGUGGUUGUCAGUCACAAACGUGAUAAAACAGUGACUGUCCGAACAUAUGCGAUAAUUGAUGACCAAAGUAAUAAGUCACUAGUUUCGGAGAAGCUUCUUGACCUGUUUGACGUCCAAUAUCAAGAAACAAAUUAUUCGCUCACAUCCUGUAAUGGAAUAAUGCAGGCAAACGGCAGAUAUGCUAGUGGAUUCGUUGUUAGUAAUCUGGAUGGCACAGACCAAUUAGACCUGCCACCAAUGACUGAGUGUAAUCAGCUUCCAGAGCAGGAUGAACGCUGCUCCAUCACACUGCUAAUAGGAAGGGACCUCAUCGAAGCGCAUCAUGUUCUAGACCAGAUAAUUGGACCGGCGGGCGCACUGUACGCACAAAGGCUGCGAUUGGGUUGGGUAAUCAUCGGUGAAACCUGCCUUGGAGGGUCCCACAUGCCCAAUUCCAUUGGAACAUACAGAACGAGUAUCAUUAUACAAAACAAUGGAAAGCCUUCAACAUUGGACCCAUGUCCCAACCAAAUAAAAGUGGAAGAGCUAUUUGACAAGGGUGAGGGUUUCAUGAGUCUAUCUAGGGAAGAGAAGCAGUUUGUCAAUAUCAUGGAGGCUGAAGGAAAGCUAAGUUCAAAUAAUAUGUGGACAGCUCCAUUAACGUUCAGAUCACCUAGACCAAGGCUACCAAAUAACCGAGAACAGGCAUGGAAAAGGGCAGUAAUACUGCAUAAAAGUCUUGUCAAAGAUUGCGUCAAAAGGCAACACUUUAUUACGUUUAUGAAAGUAGUUUUGGACAACGGACAUGCGGAAAGGGCCCAACCACUCAACAAGGAUGAAGAAUGCUGGUACCUACCGUUAUUCGGUGUUUAUCAUCCCAAGAAAAGGGAUAAAAUACGAGGCGUAUUUGAUUCCUCUGCCACCUUUCAGGGAGUGUCAUUGAACAAGGUACUGCUGAAAGGCCCUGAUUUGACAAAUGAACUGGUAGGGGUACUAAUGCGUUUCAGAAGGGAAGGUGUCGCUGUUUGUGGGGACAUAGAGAAUGAUGGGUUAACAUCUUGCGAGGAUCAUGAAACUGCAAUAUCAUUGGUGAAAAGAACGCAGGCUGCUUUAAUGGAUGGUGGCAAAAUACGCCUACAUAAAAUUGCUUCUAACAGCCAAGAGGUACUAAACGCAUUUGAUCGAGAAGAAAUUGCAAAGGACAUCAGAGAUUUCAAUGUGGAAGUAGGUGGUGCUCCUCUCCAAAGAAGUCUAGGCUUACAGUGGAGAUUAUGUGAAGAUGUCUUCACAUUCCAUAUUGACUGA